AGUAGGGGAAAUUGCUAUGAAUAUCAGGUUUAGUAAGUUUAAUAUUCUAAUAUCUUGAACAAUUUGUACAUACGUUCUUGAAUUCCUGCACCAGUAUUUUAAAUCCUGCCCCAGUAUUUUUACAACAGCAGUUGUAAAACACUUCACUUUUUAAAACUAUUUCACCACUAGAGAAUGAAAUAGGUAGCGGACUUUGACUGCAGCUUCUCCCAGUCAUUAGUGUGAUGCAGUUGUGUCAUGACAUUUCUUUAUUCUGUUUAGGGAAUCGGUUGUAAAGAAGAAGCAUAGAUUGCACAAGAUGAAACAGAGGAGGAAACGAAAGAGGAACAGAAAAUUGAAAGGUGCCACUAUUAAAGCAAUGGAAAAAAAGUCAGGUGGACAGUUAACUCCAAGUGAUGAGGACUCAUCACAGAGUGGACAGGGGGAUUCAGAAGACAAUGAAAAAUCAGCAUUUCUGACUGAGCAUCCAAACAUGCCUAAAGAAGUUUGUGAGGAUGGCUCUGUUAAUGCUAAUGAUCUAAAACCUCCUGAGUUGGAAAAAAGAAGCUUCCUUGUUUCAAACAUGGCAGAUCCACAGAUUUUAGGCAAUUCGCUGAAAAUAGAUGCUCUUGCAGGAGUCAGCAGUGAGCCCCUAAUGAGUUUGCCAUUUGUUCCAAAUGAAAACAUACCUGAACAAACAUUCAGUAAUCAUUUGCCAAACAGAAUUUUAGAAGGCAAGAACAACGUUUUGGAAUGUAACAAUCAUACUUCUCUAAAAUUGGACCACAGUGGUACAGAAAGUAGUACUGUCCUGGCUAAUACGGAAGACAAAGAUAUAUUUGCUGACAUCAUGCUUGAAUUGGACUUGGAAAGUAAACUGUUAAGUUAUGAGGAAGUAACCAUUCCUGAUCAGCAUGGGGCAUCAGAAAAUAAUAAGAAAAAUACUUGGGCUUUUUUUUCUUUUGACUCAGCUGACAAACAAACCCUCAGUAACUCAGCUAAAGGUCAAUCCUAUUUGACUUGGCCAGAGGAUACACUUAAGAUCAUAUAUGAGCAAAGACCAAAGAAGGUGAGGAAGCCUAAGCAGGUCUUUUCAGAGAGAACAGCAGAAUUAAUUAUUGAUAAAUCUAAUAAAGUGUUAACGAGAGAAGGAGAUCUAGAAGUGUUACAUGAAAAUAAUGGUCUAACUGAUUGUGCUUUGCCAUCUCCACUGACUGAGAACAUCCAUAACAUGCCGUGCAUUGUAAUAGGUCAAUUUCCCACAGAAUCUGGAGCUAGAGCCCAUGUUUCAAGUGAUGUAAGCCCAUUAGCUUCAGCAAAAAAACAAGGAAGGCUCAAAAGAAUAUUCAAGCUGGCUCCAAACUUUGAUUUACCCAGGCAGAUUCCUACUGGAAAGGAUGAGGAAGUCCUAAAGGACAUAGAUGUUUUGACAGAACAAGAGGAAAUUUCAAAUGAAGAGGCCACAAAAAAGAACAAGCAAAGUCUUGGUUGUUAUGAAUAUCCAGCAUCUUCUAGUUAUGGUGUAGUAGUAAAAUCUUCUCAUUUUGAUGCAGAACUUCUAUGUAAAGAUUCCAAUGAACUUUCAGAAGAAUCUCAAUUGAUGGAAUUUUCUACAAAGGUAGCUGCUGCUCCAAUUCAGAUAUGUACUUCUGCAUCUCAUAAACCUUCCAUACCUAGCGAGCAACAAAUUGUUGGUUUUGAUCAAACUGUGCUAGUUACUACAGAGGAAAACAAGAAUGAAGUAACUUCAGGUAUUUCAACUACUCAGCCGGAUAUUUUGUGUUCAGUUAAAACAAUCACUGAAUGCCUUACAGACUCCGCUGCUGAAAACCUAGAAAAUAUACAGCAAAUUAAUGAGACUGAGAGGACAAAGUAUUCCCAAAUCAAAGAUGAUAAAGAUACUUUAAGUACUAAACCUAAUAUUUUGGGGCUUCCGUUAUCACAAGGAUUUGCAAUUCAACUAGUAGAACUUUUUGGUUCCCCAGGAGUUCCAUUGGACACUUUACUCCCAGAUGAUUAUGUAGUUCCCCUUGACUGGGCAACAUCAAAGGAGAUUUAUUUACAGUGGAAGACAUCUGUGGAGAAGAAACAGAAAAAUAAUAUAAUGAGAGAAGAUAGUUCCUUGCUUGCUGGUGCAACUUCCCUAGAUGAUUCAAAUAAAGAUGGUCAAGAGAGACAAGAAUCUUCUGAAGUAAACCCAGAAAUGCACUUGGAAGAAAUGUCAUUGCUUUGAUAAAUUGUUAUUAGAUGCCUUAUCCAAGCAACAGUGGUGGCCUGUCCUGAAUUUUUGUCUAAAAAAUAAGCAUCAACAUUUUGCGCAGAAAGAAUUUGCUCAAUUUUGGCUUUGCUAUGGAUGGACUCCAGUUAACAGCCAGCUACAAUAAAUGUAAAUGACAAGAAUGAAGAGAACG